AUGAAUAAUAUAAAUAAAAAUGAAAUUUUAUUCAAAAAAAUCAUAAAUAAUAAAUUUAUUUUUAAAAAUUUUAUUUUUUUUCAUUUAAAAUUAUUUGAUUUACACUUAAACAGUAAUUUUAAAAUUAGAUCAUUGUUAUCUUUGUAUAAAUAUAAAUACAAAGAAUAUUUAAAAAAUGUUAUAGUUUAUAUAAAAGAUAGUGACGCUUUGGAAAGUCAUUUUCUAUCCCUUGCGCCACUCUACCAUACGAUUGAUAAUAUAAUAAUUAAAUUUAAAUAUAAUAAUAAUAAUAAUAAUAAUAAUAAUAAUAAUAAUAAUAAUAAUAAUAAUAAUAAUUUAAUAUUAUUUAAACCAGGAACAAUAAAUUCAAAGAUAUCAAAUAAUUUAAAAUCAUUAACAUUGAUGGGUAAUGCCACUGGUUCAACACUAAUAAUUUUACCAAAUUCUUUACCAGAUAAAUUAGAUUCAUUAAAUAUAAAAUUAAACAUAUGCAAUCACAAUAAUAAUAUAAUAAAUUUACCAGUUUCUUUAAAAUCACUAAAAAUAAACAAAAAUUUAAUAAUAGAUAACAUCAACUUUGCAAAUUUAUUAAAUUUAAAAAAAUUAAAAAUUAACUAUUUAAAUUUUGUUCGAAACAAUCAAUUUCAAAAUAAUAAUGACUUUAGUUUUUUAAAUAAUUUACUUUCAUUUAAAAUAUAUUAUUUCAAUAGUAAUUACAAUUAUAAUAAUAAUAAUAAUAAAAUAUUUAAUAAAGUUACACAAUUAAAAAUAAUCAAUGAUUUAAAUUUAAAUAAUAUUAAUUUUUUAAAUAAUAAUAGUAAUGAUUAUUUUAUAAAUUUAAAAAAAUUAAAAAUAAUAAAUAAUUUUAAUUUAAUAAAUCAAAAAAUAAAAUUUGGUAGUAGUUUUAAUAAUUUGGUAUAUUUAAAAUUUAAUAAUCAGUUUAGUGAAUGGGUCAGCUUGGGUAGUUUAGUGCAUUUAAAAACUUUAAUAUUUGGUUUUCAAUUUAAUAGGCCUAUUGAAAAAGAUGAUUUACCAAAUAGUUUGGAAUAUUUAGAAUUUGGAGAAUUAUUUAAUCAAAAUUUAAAAUCAGUUUUACCAAUAGCUUUAAAAACUUUAAUAUUGGGUUCAAAAUAUACACACGAAAUAUUAGGCAUUGAUAUUAUUCCAAGUAGUUUAACAGAGUUAGAUUUACCAAUUACCUUUCAAACUGAAAUUCAGAACAAUUCAUUGCCGCUAAACAGUUGUUUGAAAAAGCUAUCUUGUAAUAUCAAUUUAAAUGGCUUAUUAAAUUUACCACAAUCUGUAGAGUAUUUAAAUUUUUAUUAUAGCAAUGCGUAUUCGUUUAAAAAGGUUUUAGAACUCCCAGAAUCAGCUAAAACAGUCAAAUUUAAUGGUGCUUUUAGUCAUAGGAUCGAUGGUUUAUUUUUUUCAAAAUCGCAACAUAUAGAAACUUUAAUUUUCAAUAAUUCGUAUAAUGAGCCAUUACCAAUAGACAGCUCGUAUUACCCAACCAAUUUAAAAUCUUUAAUUUUUAAUGGUAGGUUAAAAGGUCCGAUACCAUCCCUACCAAAAUCGUUAACAAGGUUAUCUCUUUCAAAUAAUUUAAAUCAAGAUUUCUCAACCUCUAAUAUUUUACCAAAAACAUUGCAAAGAUUGGAUUGCAGAAAUUCAAUACCAACUUUACCAAAAGAAUUCUUUUUUGCUUUACCAAGCUUGGUUUGCCUGACAUGCUAUGGUUCAAAUCAUAAAUUUUUAUCAUCUUUGGAUUUAGAAAACUCAAAUCUAUUAUUUAUUUUAAAAGUUUUAAAUAAAAAAUAA